UCAGAAAAUGUCCAUUUUAUUUUAGCAGGAGACGAGUUUCCGGUUCUCGACAGCCGAGUUCGCCGUGCGGUGUUAUGGCGGAAGGUGAGAAGGGAACUGUGAUCCAUUUGAACUCUCUCUUCACUUCUGAUGCAGCGGAGAAGGCGGCGCGGCGGGUAGAGGACGCGAUAGCCGACCGCCAGAGAGAGCUCUGUCGCCUCCGCGGCUUCAACAACUCGGUGCUCAUCCAACAUGUCCAGAAGCUCCCCGAAGAGCUAUCCCACCACAUCAUGGUGCCUUUCGGUGGCGCUGCCUUCUUUCCUGGUCGUUUGAUCCACACCAACGAGUUCUUGGUAUUAUUGGGCGAGGGUUACCAUGCGGAGAGGACAGCGAAGCAGACGAUGGAGAUUCUUCAGCGGAGGGGAAGGUCUCUGGAGGCGCAACUUGAGUCGUUGAAUAGAAUAAUUAAGGAUCUUGAGGUCGAGGCAAAGUUUUUUGAUUCAACAGCUGCUGAAGUUGCUGAAGGUUUAGUGGAAAUAAGAGAAGACUAUAUUGAGGAAAAUAUUCAGGAAACUCAAAGUAAGGAGCCUGAAAGUGUUUCAAAUUCAAGGUUUAUGAACCCUUCAAAUGCACAUAAUUCUGGAGUUCUUGAUGAAGAAGUUAUAGAUGCUAAAUUAAUGGCAAGGUUGGAUGAGCUUGAGAAAGAAGAGGAAGAAGCUGCGAGUGAUUUAGAUGAUGAUGAGGAUGAUAAAAAAGCUAGUUCUUCAAAUGCUGAUGAGGUUGAUGAUGAUAAAAAUGGAAGUUAUCUGAGGGUUGACAAAGAUGGGGAUGAUGAAGACGACAAAGAUGUUGAUGAGGCAAGUUAUUCGAAGGCUGUUGAAGAUGAAGUUGAUGAGGAAGAGAAUGAUGAAGAUAAGCAUUACAAUGCUGAAAAUACUUCUCAAACUAAUGAUGAGGUUCCAACACCGAAGGUAAUAGGUCCAAGAAAAUCUGUCCCAACUUCUAUGCAACACAAUGCAUUAGGCUUGCUACAACACCCUUCUUAUCAAUCUUCUGCAUCAAGUUCAAAAAUGCAAGUUGCAGCUGAAGAAACUAUAGAAGACUUUCAGAAGCCCUCUCCUUACAUUCAGAAUUCUUCUGAAAACAUUCUCAGCCGAGACAUUACUUUCCACAUUGGUGUCUGA